GUCGAGCGAAAGUUGACGGUUUAUCAUUUGAAUCAAAAAACUCAUCUCAAGUACAGAGUUUUUAAGAAACUGUUUUAUCGCCUCCAACAUUGUUGUGUGUUAUUUUAAUGUUGAUAAUUUUAACCUGUGACUAUGUUUUUGCAAUUUUCGCCCCCUGUUAGACAACAAUCCAAAAAACCAAAGCCGGAACUCGAGCCAGAUAAUGCCGUUUUAUCACUGGCCCCUUUCACCCCAAAUCCGAAAAUUUGUUUCGAAAAUGUUAAAAUUGGUCAAACGGCCACUCAAAAUCUGGUCAUUAAAAAUCCGACAGGACAUGCAAAAGAACUGAUUGCGAGAAUUACAAUUCCGGAAGAACUUCAUUUUAGUUUGAGUUGGGGUGGCUGUAGGAUAGAUGCCCAGAGUGAGGAAACACUUGAACUUGUUUGGACCCCCACCUGUGAAGGGGCUUGGAGGUUCAAUUUGUGUGUUACUGAUGAUGUAGGGACGUGCCGAAACGUUCCCAUCGUUCUUAAAGCAGCCACUUUGACCAAAAGCAAGAAAGGGACCCAGAAACGUUUCCCUCGCUUUGUGGCCAAGAAAAACACUUCACCGGUCCAAAACUUUAAGCGAAAAUCGCCACAAAAGCGAGCAAUCCUCCCAAACAUUACAAACAUGCCAACAUUUACCGUAAAUCCUCCAGAAAGUGAAUUCAACGGUAAAGAAAAUUUCAAUUUAUCUCCGAAAAUUGAAACACGACGAGAUACUUAUACCGUAAAUCAAAACAUCCCCGAGAUUUUUGACGACAGUUUAGAAAACAUAACGGUGGUAAAAUCACCAAGCGUUUCAUUUGAACGUCGAUUACAAUCAACGUCGUUUUUAUUAACACCAUCGAAUCAAAUCGAUUUCAAUCCAGAACGUUGCUCAACCGACGAAAAAUCGAUCGAUAACACUGAUAAUUUUCUUCUAACAUGCAAACCUAAAACUUUAUUCAACGACACAACUUUCGAAAUUGUAAAAAACCUGAGUAGCGAAACGUAUGUUAAAAACCUAAGCUCGGAAACGUACACCAAAUCGGACAUUUCCGAUAAUUCACCGUCAAGUUUUUCGAAAAAAUGCCGCCUUGAUAGUCUUGUCGGCAACGGAGUGAAAAUGACCAUUGAGGCAGAUUUGUGGUCAUGCCAUCACACAAAUCUAGUCACAAUUCGGGAAGAAACCGAACCGAAAGCCACACCCUUGAAGCGUAAAAGCGACGUUACGUUUCAAGUGACAUCACCGAAACGCCCAAAUCUGGGAUUCCCCCAAGAAUGGGCCAAACAACGCAAUAUUGUUGUUUUCGAACCGGAAGUUGUAACGUGGUUAGAGGGUCAAGAGGAGAAUUUCAAAAAGUGGCUCAAUGCUGUUUUAACACCACCUUUGGAUCUUGAUUCAAAUGCGCAAAGUCAUCCCUUAGACGUAGCCAAAUUGUGGCGAAGUUGUAUGGAGAAAGAAAUCGAAGUGGCACCGACCAGGGAAAUUGUCUCGCAACGGUUUCACAACAAUGCUAAACUAAACGCGUUAAGGAGAGCCGCUAAGGCGUUGUACCAAACAAACGAAAUUCAAAACGUUUUGAUUAAAGUUGGCGCGAUUAUUGAUUGUGGCAAACUUGCGUUGCGGAAAGACCGUGAUGUACAUCUAGAUUUGCGUUUGCAGGCCGAUGUUAUGCAAGUGAUUUUGAGUUAUAAUCCUCUGUGGUUGCGCAUUGGUUUGGAGACGAUUUACGGACGGGUGAUUCCCCUAAAUUCGAAUUCGGAUGUUAGGGGCUUGACUCGCUUCCUUUGGGAGCGUUUUAUGCGGGACCCGGUUUUAUUAAAGAAACACCGUUCCGUCCAUUCUGAGAAAUACAAAUCGGAGAUCAAACAAUUCAUUUUGAAGAAAUUCCUGGCGUUGGUUUUUUUCCUAGACCGGGCCAAAAGCAAGAAAUUGAUAGCACAUGAUCCGUGUUUGUUUUGUAAAAACGCACCAAUUAAAGAGAGCCAAACGGCUCUUACGACUUUUGCCCGUGAUACGGUUUCGUCAAUGGGCGAUAUUACCAAAUAUUUGAAACACUUUCAAUACACUUUGGUACAUAAGCAGAGCUAUUUGAAUGAGUUUGAUUACGCUGUUAAGUGUCUCGGGGUUGAUUUACGUGACGGUGUUAGACUAACACGAGUCAUGGAAAUUAUUCUAUUGCAAAAUAAUUUGAGUGAAAAACUGCGUGUUCCAACAGUCUCACGAUUGCAAAAAAUCCACAACAUGAAAAUCGUGUUUGAGGCUUUGCAACGUUCGGGUUUCGAAAUUCUCUACGACAUUACACCAAGUGACAUAGUCAACGGUCACAAAGAGAAAACUCUAUCGUUUUUGUGGCAAAUUAUUCACAAAUUGCAAACGCCCCUAAUGGCUAAAAGUGUGACAUUGAUAACAAACUGGUGGCGAAGCGACACAAUUGUGAAAAAACGAAACGAAUUGAAAUUAAUUCGUGAAACAAAAAAUGCAGCAGCUAUCACAAUCCAACGUUACGUUCGUAUGUUUUUGGCCAAACGUCGCUACGAAAAAUUACAAAAUAUGCUAAAGUUUUUCAAAGCUGAAAAACAGGAGAGAGCUGUUUUAAUCAUUCAGAGACGUUGGCGGGCAACUUUAGCUAUGCGAAACCAAAGAACACAAUACCAAGUUUUACGUGAGGCUACGAUUUUGAUUCAGAGACGAUUUCGGGCCAAAUUAUUACACAAAAGUGUUGUUUUUGUACAAAGACUGUGGCGAGCGAAAUUGGCAAUGAGGCAACAAUUGUACAAUUAUCAAAUUUUGAAGGAGACAGUUAAAUGGGUCCAAAGUCGCGUUAGGGCAAAGUUACAGUUUAGAGCUUUCAAGCGGUUGAAACAAGCUGCGAUUUUUGUGCAAAGGUGUUGGAGAGCGAAAUGUGAACGGAAACUUUUCAUGGAAAUGAAAAACGCAGCUAUUGUUAUCCAGAGGCGUUUUAGAACGAAAUUACUUUACGAAAGGUUUAAGAACUUACGAUGGGCCACAAUUGUGGCUCAGAGAGAAUUUAGAAGGAGACAAGCCAGAAGGAUGUUUUUAAUGUUGCGGAAUGCAACGAUUUUUGUACAAAGUUACGUUCGCAUGAAACUAGCAAGGGACCAGUUUAAUAGAUUGAAACGAGCUGUGAUUUUUGUUCAGGUGAAAUGGCGGUACCAAGCGCUUAAAAAGGCUACGAUUUUCGUCCAAAGACAGUGGAGGGCUAAAAUUGCAAUGAUUCGUUCGAAGAAAGAGUUUGAAAUGUUGAAAACAAAUACUAUUGUAAUUCAGAGACGUUUUCGGGCCAACAAAGUCGCAAAAUUACAAAAGGAACGCUUUAAUUCGCUCAGAAAAGCCGCAAUUUUGAUUCAACGCCAGUGGAGAUUGAGAAAAAAAAUGAUUGAAUAUCGUAAUUUGAGACGGACUGUUGUUUUUCUUCAAAUGAAAUGGAGGGCUAAAUUAGCUACGAGAAACGCAGUUUUGCAAUUUGAAGAAUUGAAGAAAGCCGUUUUAGUGAUUCAAAGGCGUUUUAGAGCGAAUCAGUUGGCGAAAAUUGCAAGGAACAAUUUCGAAGAGUUGAAACGUGUAACUGUUUUUGUUCAGAGAAAAUGGAGAGAAAAGUUGGAAAUGCGGCGCCAAAUUGCCAAUUUCCAGGCUUUGAAAAAUGCAACUGUUGUCAUUCAAAGACGUUUCAGAGCGAAAUUGGAGGCGAGAAAAUAUCAGACUUUGAAAAAUGCGACCAUUUCGAUUCAGAAACGUUGGAGGGCCAUUUUAUUAAUGAGGAUCCAAUUGGAAAAAUAUCAAAAUCUGAAAGCUGUGACUGUUUGCAUUCAGAGGCGUUUUAGAGCAAAUCUUGCUCGCGAAAGCGAUCGCAACAAUUUUAUCAACUUGAAGAAAAGUGUUAUUGUGAUCCAGAGACGUUUUAGAGCGAAUAAAGCUGGAAAAUUGCAAAGGGAUCGUUUUAAUACACUCAAGGAAGCCACAAUUUUGAUUCAGCGCAAGUGGAGAUUGAGAAAAACAAUGAUUGAAUAUCGUAAUUUGAGACGGACUGUUGUUUUUGUUCAAAUCAAAUGGAAGGCUAAAUUAGCUGCGAGAAACGCAGUUUUGCAAUUUGAAGAAUUGAAGAAAGCCGUUUUAGUGAUUCAAAGGCGUUUUAGAGCGAAUCAGUUGGCGAAAAUUGCAAGGAACAAUUUCGAAGAGUUGAAACGUGUAACAGUUUUGGUUCAGAGAAGAUGGAGAGAAAAGUUGGAAACGCGGCGCCAAAUUGCCAAUUUCCAGGCUUUAAAAAGUGCAACUGUUGUGAUUCAACGACGUUUCAGAGCCAAAUUGGAGGCGAGAAAAUAUCAGAUUUUGCGGAAAGCUACGGUUUUAAUUCAACAACGUUGGCGAGCAACUUUAUUGAUGAGGAUUGAAUUGGAAAAAUACCAAAAUCUGAAAUUGGCUACAAUUUGCAUUCAGAGGCGUUUUAGAGCAAAUCUUGCUCGCGAAAGCGAUCGAAACAAUUUUACCAAUUUGAAGAAAAGUGUUAUUGUGAUCCAGAGGCGUUUUAGGGCGAAUAAGGCUGGAAAAUUGCAAAGGGAUCGUUUUAAUUUGCUCAAGAAAUCCGCAAUUCUGAUUCAACGCAAGUGGAGAUUGAGAAAAACAAUGAUUGAAUAUCGUAAUUUGAGACGGACUGUUGCUUUUGUUCAAUUCAAGUGGAGGGCUAAAUUGGCAGCGAGAAACGCAGUUUUGCAAUUUGAAGCAUUGAAGAAAGCCGUUUUACUGAUUCAAAGGCGUUUUAGAGCGAAUCAAUUGGCGAAAAUUACAAGAAAUAAUUUCGAAGAGUUGAAACGAGUCACAGUUUUUGUUCAGAGAAGAUGGAGGGAGAAGUUGGAAACGAGGCGCCAAGUUGCAAAUUUCCAGGCUUUGAAAAGUGCAAUUAUUGUUAUUCAGAGACGUUUUCGAGCAAACCUUGCUCGCGAAAGCGAUCGCAACAAUUUUAUCAGCUUGAAAAAAGCCACCGUUGUUAUUCAAACAAAAUGGAGAGCCGAACUCGAAAUGCGGCGUGAAAGAAACAAGUAUCACCGUUUGAAACAAAGCGUGAUUGCAAUUCAAAGACAGUGCCGAAAGCGACUAGUGUUGGAAAAUAAAAAGAAAGACGCAGCAAGUGUCAUUAUACAGAAGUACGUGAGAGGGCUUUUAGUGCGUCGAAAGUUUGCCAAAUUUUUAACACCGGAAGCAAUCGCCCAACGGCGGGAAAACGCAGCUGCGACUAAAAUUCAGGCUUUUUGGAGGAGGUACAAAACGCAGUUAGCUCAAGGGCCUGAAGUGUUGAGGAUUUAUGAGAGGUUGAAGAAAGCUAAUGCCUCGGCUGAGCCUCAAAAUACAGUCGGGUCACGAUGCCAGAAAGCCGUUCAAGAGUUGAGUAGCGGGAAAUUAACAGUUGGGGAACUGCUUCGAGUUUUGAAGGAUUUGGAAUUCGGGACAAGUCGGUGUAAGAAGUUCUGUCGGAAGUUGGGAGAGGUGUUAGCGCGCCCCCUUUAUGAGACUAUAAUCGUAACGAAUCGGUCGCCAGCCGAAAUGGAGGUUUCAACACUGGCUUGUUCGAUUCUGAUCAAUUUCUAUCGAUUUGAACCGACUCGAAGUGCAACCUGGAUUCCGCAAUUAAUCGAGAAAUUAUUAUCUGUGAUGUUGCAUUCGUGUGAUAAGGAAACGGCCUUGUUUCCCACACUUUGUACUUUAUUUUGGAUGUUUGCACACAACGAAGAAUACAAAAAUUUCAUCGUUUCAAGUGGCAAUUUUAAGCACAAAAUGAGGCGGAUUUGUGAACUUUGCGAGCGCAAAGCGAAAAUGAACAGCAAAGUUAUUAUCAAAUUUCAGUCGUUUUUUGUGCCGUACAAAGACCUGCCCUUGCCUUCAAUGACGCCAGACUGGGGGUUUGAACUCAAACACAAACCCAAGACUUUUACCAACUCUAUUCAUGCCCUGCAGUGUUUAAGGAAUAGACUUAACGUUUUGUAAUUUUUGUUAAAUGAAAUACAGUACUACUUUUACCA